UCAAUGCUCACGACGGUACCGCCACAGAUAAUAUCGAAGAAGACGUAGAUAAUUACUAAGAUGUCAAAAACAAAUGUCAUUGACGAUCGUGAUAAUGAACAUUGCACAAUGUGCAGUGCAAAACGUAAACUGCGUAUUGUGCUUUUAGGUUUUCAAAGUCAUGAGGUGUAACAAUGCACUCGGAUUAGCUAGUGAUGCAGUUGUACUAAUGUGAGCUCAAGUGAGGUUAUCUAUGCUGUAAAUGUUAUUGGAGUGUGGUAUGUAACAGUCUGUAGUUGUUGAUAAAUUUCAAGAUAAAGAUUUCAACGGAACAAGGAAAUUACAGUGAAAUGCCAGUUACUGUAUCGUGACGAGCGUUACGUUUUUGAAAGGUAAUCGCAUUUUAGAUCGACGUUUUGUUAAAUGAAAUUGUGUGGAAAAGAGAAUAUUACAAAUCAUUUAGGAACUUCCUAAUCCACAUCAAUGAUUUUCGCCCUGAAAUGUGUCGUGACAUUUCUAGUGGUAUCGAAUGUGAACGGAAGGGGGGUGAAUGGAGGAUUCUCUUGUGCAGCAUGUACCAUAGUUUCGGGAAUUGCGGACCAACUUGCACAAAUUCAUAAUGAAACUUUUUUGGCUGCUUCAUUGAGACUAUGUGAAAUGCUGCCAUUUGCAGUUAAAGAGUACUGCAUUACUGUCAUUAAAACUUUGGAGCCUCUUCUCAUAAAUCCGAAAUUUUCAGCAGUUUUCACACCUGAUGUGUUCUGCUAUGGCAUUGAUGUCUGCUAUUUGGAUCCUGGCCAGAGUUAUUGUCAUCUUUUCUCAAAGCCAGAAGCAAACUUCAGAAAUACUGUUCAAAAAAUGAAGAAUCUUGUGUGGACUUCGUACAUAAGGAGUGGUUUGAAGCAAGAUAAACUCCAUGAACACUUGCAGCAUGUUGACUUUGAUGUUUGUAGCAUACCAGCCAUCCAUGAAAUCUGUGAAAUGUUCAACAGAACAUGGGCACAGAUCCGACCAGCAUUUGAUGUUGAUGGAGACUGGUUCAGUAUUGUUCAUGCUGCACGUGGCACAUUCUGGCGUGGGCGAGACUGCUAUGACUGGGAUUCAGACUUUUACCCUGGCCGACAACCAUUCAUGGGGGAUGUAACUGCAGACUAUAACUGUAAUGGGAUCUGGGGGGUUGAUCCUGCUACAGGGAAACCGUGGGAAGAUAUACUAUGUAAGAAUUUUGAUUCUCGAGGAAUCAUCUAUGUAGGUGAUUCUGUUGGAGCACAUUUCCAUUUCCCUGAACCAUGGAUUAACCCAUUACUUAUGUCUGAGGAAACUUUUCACAAUUAUACAGAACCACUGCUGAAUGAAAUGAGUUGGCCUCAUCUUGGUUUUGCAACUGGAUUCAUGAACACAACAGAGCCAUUGCUUAUUAAGGGUGUUACAGAUUCUCUAUACUUGAAGCUACGCUCACGAAACAGGUGCAACCAUCGAGAUUACCAGAACCUCUCUAGAAAUGGUGCCUCGAGCUAUGAUGGAAUGACUUACAUUGAAAGCCUUGCACGGAAUAAAUCUCAUGAUAAACCAGUCCUGGUUCUGUAUGGAAUGUAUGGCAAUGAUGUCUGUAACAGGUUCUCCAACUCUAUACCUCAUAUGACAUCACCUUCUGCUCUUCACAAGAAUGUAAUGAAUGUUCUGAAUGUCUUGAAUGGAUUGUUACCAUUUGGGAGCCAUGUGAUACUGAUAGGCCUUGUAGAUGGGGGAUUCAUCUAUCCAACAAUGGCAAACAGAAUUCAUCCAUUAGGGCAGCUCCAUGGUGACAUCCAUUAUGAUGAUGUGUACACCUGGUUCAACUGCAUGGAGAUGGGACCAUGUUCUGCCUGGAUGAAUAGCAAUGUUACUCUUAGGAAAUUGGCAACACUGCGAGCACAAGAGCUGUCAGUUGUGUUGAGGAAUAUAGCUGCCAGAGAGAAAUUUACUGCAUUUUCAUUACAUUUCUUGGACAACCCUGUGCAGAAAGUUAUGUGGGACUGGAAAAAAUUAGGUAAACCCAUGUGGCAGCUGCUUGAUCCAGUGGACAGUUUGCAUCCAUCCCAGAUGGCUCAUCCACUGAUAGCCAAAGUGAUGUGGGAUGAUAUUAUGAGGAACUUCCCUGAAGCUCUUGGUGAUGAAAAUCCUAACAAUCAAAGAAUUGAGAAACUGUUUGGAGAUCAAGGUGGUUACUGAUUUUGUGUUGCUGAUAUUGAGUACCCUGCAUUGUUUUGCUAGUUUCUUGCCAUAGUAUACACAGGGCAGAAUUUCAGUGUCUGCUAACACUUCCAAUUUAACUAAAACAUAGAUGUGUUUUGAUUUAAUUUAUAUAAAUUAAUGAUUCAUUACACUUUACAAUUUUCAGUAUUUGGUUUCUGAAUACAUGCUCCAGGAAGCCUUUAAAAUUAACAAAGACACAUUUAACACUUCUUUUAUCAAUCUGUUUUUGUUCUAAGAGAUGAUGGAAGACGAUAUUAUGUAACAAAGAAUUUUGUGAUUGUAGUAUAGGCAAGUUAGUUACUGUCUCGGCCUGAGCUCUUAGCCCUAGAAAGAUUGCCGAAACUGUGAUGUGGAUGAAGAGAGAGAAAAAUGCAUUUACUGUUCAUAAUGAAAAUAUUAACUAAGUUUGCCUUUGCUCUGUUUCUGAAGUAUAAACACUGAAUUCCUUUAGUAUUUAUCAGGUAUUAACAAAUGGGAAUAUAAUUCACUGCUAAGUGUAAAUUCUGUCCAUGUCAUAGAGUCAGUUUCUUACCACAGACAUUGCUAGUGAUAUCUUUUCAGGGUAGAUAAUAGUUACAUACACCAACUAAGGAUUGGCCUGCUGAUCAAUGGUUGCUUUUCCUUAUUACAGCUCCUUUGUAACACCUCUUCCUACAUGGCUAAAGUGCUUACAUUUUUCAGCUUUCCCAUGCAUGCUACAUUCCCUGCAUAUUUCAUCCUUGAUUUGAUUAUCCUAAUAAUAUUUACUAAAGAGUACAUAUGGAAACUGUCAUUAUACAGUCAAUUCCUGAGACAGAAAUAAGCCACGUUUUAUGCAAGCUUGUACCACUGUGAUUCAUAACAAAAGUAACGAGCUGAAAACUUGUGUGGUUGUCACCUGAAUGAGUGUUUUGGAGAAGUGUUUGUUGUAGGUCCACUGGUCCAGUUAUUGAAUAGAAAUGUGAUACUGUGUAUGAGAGGAACUGUGACAUGUGCUCAUGUUAUUUUGUUAGUGAAAAGUCAUUUAUCCCUCUACAUGCUUAUUUAUACAUUUUUGGUUGAAUGCAGUUGAAAACUAUGGCAGAUAUCAGUAUAGCAUUGGCACAGAGUGAUGGAGUUUCUUAGAUGUUAAUGUAAGGUUAGACAUCUGUAUGAACAUUUGACAUGUAUCAUCUGGAAGAUAAGCCCUCUUAUUACAAUUAGCUUUAUAUUUGCAGUAUUUUUCAGGAAUGCUCUCGCCACAGAGAGAAAUUAUUGUAUGUUACCACAGUAUUAACUGGCGUAUAUCUCAGAAGAGAACAAAUUACAUCAAUAUUGUAAAUAGUACUCAAAGUAACCAACAGUGAAAAUAUGGUGUAAUUUUAUAUAAAACUAAAGAAAGACUGAAGGAGAAGUUGUACACAAACAUACAAAUGAAAGAGGAACUAGCAUCAAUAUUGAACUGCUUUGUUUUCUGAUAGACCCUGUAAUUAUUGCUUCCAAUUUUUAUUGGGAUGUUAGUAAUUGCUUUCUGAGACUUAGAAUAUUGUUUUUUUUAAUCAGUCUACUAGAAGAGCAAGGCAAGUUUACAUUGCAAAAUAUUUAACUGUACUAAGAUCAGUUCUUUUAAUUUAAAUCCUAUACAUUUCCUCUGAUGUUUAUGUGUGAUAUUUAUGGCUCUCUUAACAGGUUUGUACAUAUUUUAUUAUUUAUUUAAUGAGACUAGUUCAGGUACAAGGCUCAAGUAGAUUUGGUGAGAAAUAAAUAGAUCAUUAUAACUAGUAAGUCAAUAAGGAUGUGAGAGGAGGUGGUAAUGGCCUGUUUUAAGAUACUCUUCCAUCAUCUGCCUGUAGACUGAGGAAAACCGUAACAAAUUUAUCAGGAUACCUAGUUUCAAGGCUGAGAUUUGAACAGAAGACCUUUUGACACAAACCAUGAAUGUUUUGUCAAGGUACUUUUAUAUUUUGUAAUGUGUAUUCUUAAAAGUUUCCCUAAUUGCAUAUGAGCCAUGAAAUUGCAGUUCUGUGAAAAAUGUAUUUUAAAAGGAACACUAUCUGUAUUUUCCAAAUAACUGCAAAUUAUUGUAACACAAAAUAUCAUGAAUUUUAGAUUGCAUACAGCCCCUCAAGAGGUAAUUGAGGAAACAAUUUCAUUCAUGUACAGUUUUAACUUGGUAACCUUAAAUAAUCAGUUUUUAAUGUUUGUGAUUUAUUCACAUUUUAUAUUCCUAAUGUGGAAAUUGAUUUUGUUUAUAUUGUACAUUGGGCAAUUUUUUCUAUUAUAUUAAUCACAAUAUCCAAAAGAAUUAUGUAUUUUUUUGUGUUGUGUUCGUGUGCAGCCUCUUGCGAUAGCUCAGAAAUUACAUACUGAGAGCAGAGUUUGGUAUAAUUUAUUUUCUGUUGAAUCAAUGUUAUUGGAAGGAAAAAACUAUCUACUUAACCUGUAUACUAAUUUUAUAGUACAUACUUGUCAGUGUGUUGAAGAAAAACUGCUAUAAGCCUUAAGGAAAGGGAGCCCAUAGGAGUUUUUAGCAUUUGUCUGAUCAUAAUGUGUGAAUGCAAUUACAUUAAUAUUAACCAAU